AUGAGCGACCGCCCAAAGAGAUCGACGAAGCAGCCCAGCCGGUUUGGCGAGGACGAGAAGAAGAAGGCGGCAGCAGAGGCCAAGAAGGUGGGCGUACAGAAGAAGAAGGCCAUCUCCAAGAAGAAGCGAAUCCCUCCCGGCGUGAAGAGGCCCAAGACUGCCUACAUAAUCUAUGCUCAGUCGGCUCGUGCCAAGGUCAAGGAGGAGAACCCCAGCGCUGGAUUCGGCGAGCUCACCAAGCUCGUGUCGGCCCAGUGGAACGCGAUGAGCGAAGAAGAAAAGGCCCCUUUCGCGGAGGAGGCCGCCAAGGACAAGAAGCGCUACGAGCGAGAGGUCAAGGCUGCUGACCCCGGCAGCGACGAAGGAGAGGCGGCCAAGGAAGACGACGAGGAUGAGGGCUCAGAGUAG